AUGCCGCUCCCUCCUCCUGCUUCCCACCAGUCAUAUAACACGCCCGCUGUCGACGUUCCAGUGCAGAUGCCCCAUGCUUCUUUCCACCGAGCAGCAUCUUAUCCUAGGACAACGCCUCCUCUGCGCCUUGAUUGUUCAGUUGCUCCCACACCUGCAGUUGUGCCUUCGCCUCCCGCUCACAACGCCUCGCAUGUCGAUCUUUCCCGCCUUCACUCCAUCUACUCUUCCCACCGCUCCUCAUUCUGGUCCACCAUCGCCAACGAGUCUUCUUCGCCCGUUGAAGUCGCUUCGAUUCAUCCAUGA